AUGAACACUCCCGGUCAAGACCUGAUGGAACGCCGCACAAACAUUUUAAGCUACGACAUUCAUUUCCCCUUCCAAAACGCCAUUCCUAAAAUAACCAGAAUCGAAUAUAACCAACGGACGUACUGCACAGGUCCUCCAGAAGAACGUAAUACAGGUGCCUAUUAUGGAAAACGAGCAAAACAAUUAAGUGGUCAAAGCAAUCUUGUUAGUAUUGAUUUUUUAGCUGCUAGAUGUACGAACUUUUUCAAAAUCCAAGUAGUCCAAACCGAUGAUAUUCUAUUCGUUUUCGGACGAACUAAUUUAAAGCAUUGGGCUACCAGCGGCGCAGUAACAAGAGGUGCCUCCUUUGUCCGUACAAAUCCGGAUUUUAAUGCUAAUUCUGGCCAUGGAGACUUAUCUGUGAUUACUCUGGAUAAGCCCGUGGAAUUCUCUUCAACAAUUGCACCAAUAUGUCUUUGGGAAGGUGACGAUAACAUACAGAAUAUGGUGAACAAGAAAGGAACUGUAGCUGGGUGGGGUGCAGAUGAAGUUGCCCAAAAAACUGGAAAAUACAGUAUAUCAGUUGCCAAAUCUGUAGAUAUGCCUAUAGUAGCACAAGAGAGCUGCUUGUUUUCCAAUUUAUCCUAUUUUCAGUUAACGUCAGAUGUUACUUUUUGUGCUGGUAAACGAGAUGGUACUGGUACGUGUAUAGGAGACAGCGGUGCCGGUUUUAUGAUGAACAAAAACGGAAAAUUCUACUUACGAGGAUUGGCAUCUUUGGUACUGAGCGACAAAGGCAAAUGCGAUCUCACGAAUUUCAUGGUGUUUUGUGACGCAGCCAAAUUAACUGACUGGAUAAGGGACGCAAUGACAAUUUAG